AUCACAACAGUAACUUGGCAGCGUAAGUGUCUGCCUCAAAGAUGCCUCGGAUAUCUUUCUUACUUGAGUCACGUCUGUCUCCAUGCGAAUGGAUCCACCUGCGAUCAUCAGAGGAGUGACGCUCAUUUUAUGUGUGUGAAGAUCGAACCUGUCACUGUCAUUUCGGGCCGGUGAGCAGAGGUGAGGUGAGCGCAACCGCUGCUCUUUCCUCACACAAAUCAAGCUUUUUCAGCCCGGUUUGAAGCUCAUUCAAUUGUGUGAACCAUUUCGUAUAGGACUAUGAAGACCACUCGAAAAUGCCGUGCUCUGCUGUCUGUGGGGUUAAAUCUUCUUGCACUCUUAUUCUCAACGACGGCGUUCAUCACGACCUACUGGUGCGAAGGGACUCAGAGGGUCCCCAAACCCAACUGCAGUAAGGAAAGACGGCAUAAUUGUAUUGACUAUGGGGUGAACGAGACAGACCCGAGUAAAGUUCACUAUAGUUGGGAAACGGGUGACGAUCGCUUUCUCUUUAGGCAUUUUCACACGGGCAUCUGGUAUUCGUGUGAGGAGAAUAUCCAUGGAGGAGGUGAGAAAUGCAGGAGUUUUAUUGAUCUGGCCCCGGCAUCUGAGAGAGGUGUCCUUUGGUUGUCAGUUGUGUCUGAGGUGCUAUACAUCAUGCUGCUGGUCGUUGGCUUCAGUCUGAUGUGCCUGGAGCUUUUUCACUCCAGUAACGUGAUCGAUGGACUCAAACUGAACGCCUUCGCCGCAGUCUUCACCGUGCUGUCAGGUCUUCUGGGGAUGGUGGCACACAUGAUGUACACACAAGUUUUCCAGAUCACAGUCAGUUUGGGACCAGAGGACUGGAGGCCGCACACAUGGGACUACGGCUGGUCCUUCUGUAUGGCCUGGGGCUCGUUCACCUGUUGCAUGGCCGCCUCUGUCACCACCCUCAACUCCUACACAAAGACGGUGAUUGAGUUCCGGCACAAACGGAAGCUUUUUGAACAAGGCCUGCGAGAGGAGCAAACCUUCCUGGACCCGGAGUCCUUCCAUUACUUCCGUGAUUCGUCCGUCCAGUCCAUCUCCAGCUCUAUAGAUGUUUACCCAAGCCAUGGAAGCAGCCACGGGAGCAGUCGUGGGAAAAUGCGCUCUCCGCCGGCUUCGGUGGACCAGGCCGACAACACAGAGUCCCUGGAUGAAGAGCAGUGCUGAGAGGACAUACAUCCGGCACUGCACAGGUGGCCUUCCUCCGACCGGAUAUCUCAGAAUACUGAUUAACUGGGAGGCGAGGGUUUUUUUUAUAUGGAUUUUGAAAACGGUUGAAAAUGGACAUAAAUAACAGUAUUGUACAAGGCAUGCAGGUAUUACGCUGAGCCUUGGUGAAGAUAAAUUGGUGAUUGUAAAUAAAAUCAUGUGGAAAGGGAGCAUUUUUCCUCCGCCAACAGAUAGCUGAAUUAUCUACGGGCAGGUGGGAAAACAAAACGACUUUCUUUUCCAUGAAGACUGAGCAGUGCACGCUGCUAAAGCCGUACCGUAGCAUCUGUCGGUCCCUCGCCCUGACAGCUAGACAAGUUCCUGAGUAUUUACCGGUCUUACACAGUAUGUGAAAUGCCCACCUCUCUUGGUGAGAUCUGCUUGAAUAUGCCUUCAUAUUACAAACAGCAGAGUAGAGUACCGUUUAAAUCCUGCCUUCAAUACAACUGCAGCUGAACACAGGAGAAGCACAGCCCAUUUCAGUUGCAGCAUCCACUAGGGAUAAAAGGUUACUGCCACUUGGAUUUUUGUCUUUUUUCCGUGCAUUACUGGGUUGAUUAGCAGCAUUCAAUGACAAGAUUUUAAUCCCUGCACCCAUUUUUUUGACAAUAUUAGUAUUUAUGUACAUACAAUGAAUGGAAUUCUAUCUAUUAAUGAAUGUACUAAAUGUUUAUCAAUGUAUGCACUAUGUCUUUUUCAUUUGAUAAAAGAGGUACAAAAUGGCCAAAAUCUUGU